UGCUUGUAUAAGGCCCUUGCGAGUGUUGGGUUUCGUUGAGGAGUGAUAAUGAUGGAUAACAAUGACUGGAGGCCGACGCCGCCGGCCGGUGUGGGAGGCGGGGGCACUGAAGCUGAGCUCGACGGGGGCGAUUGGAGGGCUGAGUUGCCGCUCGAAUCGCGGGAUAGGGUCGUCAAAACGAUAAUGGAGACCUUGAAGAGACACCUUCCUGUUUCUGGUCCAGAGGGUUUGCAAGAACUCAAGAAAAUUGCCGUGCGAUUUGAGGAAAAAAUUUACACUGCUGCAACAAGCCAGUCCGAUUAUUUAAGGAAGAUAUCUUUGAAGAUGCUGACAAUGGAGACAAAGUCUCAGAAUACCAUACCUAAUGCUUCGCCAUCUAACCCUGCUGGGAAUAGCAGUAAUGACCCGGUUAUGCAGUCACAAAUUCAAAAUCAAAGCCAAUCAAUUCCUAAUUCCUUAGCUGUGAAUCAGCCUCAAGCACGCCAACAGUUAUUGGUUCAGAAUAUUCAGAAUAAUGUUCCAUCUGGAGUUCAGGCUUCAGCCAGUCUAUCGUCUACAUUGCCAUCUGUCUCUGGCUUGAACCAAUCUUCCAUCCCGAAUACUAUUGGACAAAACAACAACAUGCAAAAUAUGCCUAGUGUUUCUCAGAACUCACUGGGGAACUCAAUGGGCCAAGGUGUCAAUAGCAACAUGUUCGUAAAUUCUCAGCAACUUCAAGCUAGGCAACAGAUGGUUUCCCUACAGCAACAACAACAGUCUCAGAAUUCACAGCAGUAUAUUUACCAGCAGCAGCAAUACCAACAGCAGCUUUUGAAGCAGAAGCUUCAGCCAGUCCCACAUUUGCUCAUGUCAUCUCAAUUCCAACAACAGCAGCAGCAACAGCAGCAACAGAAUAUGCUACAGCCAACUCAGCUGCAGGCUUCUCGGCAGUCUGUCCUCCAAACAUCUUCUGUCAUGCAGCCGCCCUCAAUGCAACCAGCUCCUCUAGCUGGUCUCCAACAAAAUCAACAGUCUUCAAUUCCACAGUCAACACAGUCCAUGAAGAGUUAUUCUUCUACUUUUGUAGUGUCUACUGAUAGCUCUGCCCAAAUGGGGCAUUCGGCCGGGGUGACUGGCAAGAGGAGGCUUACCAAAAGACACUACUUAUUUUUGUUGCAGAUGAAAUCCAUGAGGGACACAUAUUUACCUGAAUUGAAUGAGAUGUACCAGAAAAUCUCUAUGAAGUUACAGCAGCAUGAGUCUCUUCCGCUACAGCCAAAGUCAGAUCAGCUUGACAAAUUGAAAAAUUUUAAAUUGAUGUUGGAGCGCGUAAUUGCUAUUUUGCAAGUUAACAAAGCUGAUAUAGUGCCUUCUUUCAAGGAGAAGCUGGUUCAUUAUGAUAAACAGAUUAGAAACUUUAUCAACACAAAUAGGCCCAGGAAAGUAGCUAUGCAGCAAGGGCAACUUGCCCCUCCUCAUGUGCACUCAAUGCAGCAGCAGCAGCAGCAGCAGCAAUUGCAACCUCAAACUACUCAAGUACAGUCACAUGAAAAUCAAAUGAACCCUCAAUUAGAAUCAAUGAAUUUACAAGGUUCUGUAGCAUCAAUGCAGCAGAACAAUAUGGGAAAUUUGAAUCAUUAUUCCAUGUCUUUGUCUGGGGUUUCAAAUGCACAGCAAACCAUGAUUGAUUCCCUACAGCCGAAUUCCAAUAUGGACUCUGGAACAGGUAAUGCCUCGAGUACAAUGCAGGUAAUUGGUAUGGGAUCUAUGCAGCAGAAUCCUGUUGCUCCACAACAGGUGAAUAUGAGCACCAUGCAGCAACAGGGUGGGGUAUACAUGUUACAAUCAAAUGUCAACAAACAUCAGUCUAAUUCCAAUAUGCUUCAAUGUCAGCCUCUCAAACAGCAACAGGAACAACAGAUGCUACAGACACAGCAGCUUAAGCAACAAUAUCAGCAACCUCAAAUGCAGCAGCAACUCAAACAACAGCUUCUGCAGCAGCAGCUACAGCAGGCUAAGCAGCAGCUUCCUUGGCAACUGCAGACUCAUCAAAGGCGUUCCAACAUCCAACUCCGGAAUGCAGCUUGGGCGCUGCUGUUAUUAGUAGUUGUCAUCUACUAUAUUAAAAUUUUUCUUCUUUCUUAGUGUAGAAAUUGAUAGGGGACAAGAGGAGAGCAUACAAACUGAUUAAUGUUUGCCACUCGCACUUUUAUUAUUAGUUAAAUAAGACUUAGGGUCGAAUGAUAAACAUUCUGUUUCAUAAAUUUAUUUCUUGCCAUUUCGGUGGUAUUUGAUAACAUUUAUGUUAACGGGAACAAUUUCUAUUUAGACAUAGUUUUCUUGAUAA